AUGGCACCAACCAAAGCAGAGAAGAAGCCAGCUGCUGAGAAGAAGCCCGCCGGCGAGAAGGCUCCGGCUGAGAAGAAGCCCAAGGCCGGAAAAAAGCUCCCCAAGGAAGGCGGCGCCGCCGGCGACAAGAAGAAGAAGAGGGUCAAGAAGAGCGUUGAGACGUACAAGAUCUACAUCUUCAAGGUGCUGAAGCAGGUCCACCCGGACAUCGGGAUCUCGAGCAAGGCCAUGGGCAUCAUGAACAGCUUCAUCAACGACAUCUUCGAGAAGCUGGCCCAGGAGGCAUCGCGUCUCGCAAGGUACAACAAGAAGCCGACCAUCACCUCCCGGGAGAUUCAGACCGCUGUGAGGCUCGUGCUGCCCGGCGAGCUGGCGAAGCAUGCCGUGUCGGAGGGCACGAAGGCCCUCAAUCAUCCCACAUCUCAGAAUUCUGUACAACUCUCUCUCACAGACACCCACACAUUCACACCCAGAAAGAUGGCCCCCAAGGCCGAGAAAAAGCCCGCCGAGAAGAAGCCUGCCGCCGAGAAGGCCCCGGCGGAGAAGAAGCCGAAGGCAGGCAAGAAGCUCCCGAAGGAAGGCGGCGCCGCUGGUGACAAGAAGAAGAAGAGGGCGAAGAAGAGCGUGGAGACAUACAAGAUCUACAUCUUCAAGGUGCUAAAGCAAGUCCACCCGGACAUCGGGAUCUCGAGCAAGGCCAUGGGCAUCAUGAACAGCUUCAUCAACGACAUCUUCGAGAAGCUCGCACAGGAGGCGUCGCGGCUCGCGAGGUACAACAAGAAGCCGACCAUCACCUCCCGUGAGAUCCAGACCGCCGUGAGGCUUGUGCUUCCAGGGGAGCUGGCCAAGCACGCCGUCUCGGAGGGGACGAAGGCUGUCACCAAAUUCACCAGCUCUUGA